AUGCUUCCCUCCCUCAUACCUCGGCUCCUCAUGAAUGGAGACUUGUCUUCGAUCAAGCAGUACCUUCCGAAAAGCCUACAGCUUGAAGACAGUCCCCUCUUCAAUAUCAUCGUCCCGAUAGCCACCAUUCUGGGCACCGUCUGGGCUUUGUGGAAUCGCGGCUACCCAUUUGUGGAAAGUUACAUGGUAAAUGCACGGAUUUUGGACACCGACUCUUUGUACGAUGAUAUGGUUCGAUGGAUGGAUAGUCACUCCUCGUUCAUCUCCUUUGAUGCAAGAGGCGAUGGCCAGAAUGAUCCCCUGUUACUACGCAGAGCACAGACUCCCAAGAUCGAGUACGGAGGAGCGGCCUUUUUCUCCCUGUCUGGUCAUGAAAGUUCCACGGUUGCUACUGAUCACCCGCUCAGCUCAGGUUUUCACUUGGUGCCUUCCAAGGGGUCAUGGUUCUUCUCGUUCAAGAGAACUCUCAUACACCUCAAGCUUGUGCCGAUGGGAGGACCCGAAGCCACCAGAGCGAUCAGCAUCCACUGUAUGACGCGGUCGGUUGCAACCCUGCGUUCGUUUCUAGAAGAAGUCCGCACUUUCAGCAAGAAUCAGGCCACCUCGUACGUCUCAGUUUACCGCAUCACUCCAGGUCGUGAGAUCCCCCGCUGGUCUCGCGUUACGUCUCGUCCCGCCCGGUACAUUUCGACCGUCAUUCUCGACGAGAGCAAGAAGGAGGCCAUAGUCAAGGAUAUCAAAGAGUACCUGCACCCGCGCACCCGCCAGUGGUACUCAAACCAUGGGAUCCCGUACCGUCGCGGAUACCUGCUGUCGGGACCCCCGGGAACCGGCAAAUCUAGUCUCGCGGGCGCUAUUGCUGGAAUGUUCGAGCUCGACAUCUAUGUUCUCGGCUUAAAUGAACCGGAGAUCAGUGAGAAUCAUCUGACCUCUUUGUUCUCGAGAGUCCCGCCUCACAGUGUGGUGUUGGUGGAGGAUGUCGAUGCUGCCGGCGUUAACAUGUCGAGACCCCCAAAAAUGCCGACAGUUUCACCGCUAAAUAGAAAUGAAUUCGAGACUCCAAAGUUCAACCGGACAAUACAGUCCCUGGCUCAACCUGUAUCACUCUCCGGGUUGCUCAAUGCCAUCGAUGGUGUCGCGUCGCACGAGGGCCGGAUUCUCAUCAUGACGACAAAUGUCCCGGAGAGUCUGGACCGCGCGCUUAUCCGUCCGGGUCGUGUCGACUUGCACGUCAAGUUCACACUGCCAGGUCGGAAAGAGUUCCAGGAGUUGUUCCGAAGCAUGUACAGUGGCUUGGAGGAAUUUGAAGAGGAAAGCUGCUCCGGUCGGGAUAUUGAGGCUUUGAGUUCGUGGUUUGCAGCUCAGCUGCCCGAAAAUCACUUCAGUGUCGCUGAUGUGCAGGGGUUCAUACUGCAGCAUAAACUUCAUCCAGAGCAAGCCUGUGAGAAGAUCGGGGAAUGGAUUGAACAGCGCAACCUCGACCUCGAGAAGGGCGGUGCUUCGGAUGAUAAACCGCGCUCUUUGGGUACCCAGACGAAUAUUCCAGACAACAAUGAACACCUCUUAGAUAACCCGUACACCACAGCCACCCCGGAACAUCGCCUGAAUAGCCAGGAUGGUCAUGUGGAAGAUCAGGGGCAUGUCUUGUAG